UUGGAAGAUGCUAAGGAAGUAGCAUUGUUUACACAGCAGCACCAAAAGUGAUGCUGGUAGCCAUAGCGCUAACAAUACCAGCUAUGUUGACGUGAGAUAAAACACUACAAGGUAGCUAUGUGUGACCUCGACUAGAAGCCGCCAGGUGAGACAUGGAUUUCCUCACCCUGUUCGCUAUCUACGUAGUAGUGGUGCUGACAUGUAUCGUGCUAGUUUGCAAAUACUCAGGCCAGCAGCAAACCCCUUUUACUAUCCUCUUCAACUAUGUGGGAAAGGUAGUUGCACCAUUGACGCCAAAAUGGCUCCAAACGUUUUCACAGUGGGCCAUGCACAGACUGUUUCAUCAAAGGAACAACAUGUUCAUCUAUCUGCACAUCCUACUGGAGGCUGCUGUGUAUGCAGAGUUCACCUAUGAGGUGUUUGGCUUCUGCAGGGAGAUGGACACCACUCUGACCAGCCUGUCUGUGCCUUACGUCCUGCUGGCUAUUAAGACCUUCUUCUUCUACCUCUGCAUCAGGAGAGAUCCAGGCACAGUGACAAAGAAGAAAAUCGCUGGCCAGCUGCACAUCUAUCCAUACGACAGGAGGCUGUUUCACCCGGGAGUCUCCUGUGAAACCUGCCAGCUUGUCAAACCGGCUCGCUCCAAACACUGCAGGGUCUGCAACAGGUGUGUCCAACGUUUCGACCACCACUGUGUCUGGGUGAACAACUGCAUCGGUGCUCAGAACACAGGUUACUUCUUGCUGUACCUCUUCAGCGUGUGCGCCAUGGCGGGUGACAUUGCCGUGCUAACAGGAGACAUGCUGUUUCAUGCCGUACUGCGGUCAGGGCUUCUGAGGGCCAGUUAUAUAGAUGAGUUUGGCCAGCAGCAGGCAGCAGGGCCUCUGUUUGUUGUACAGCAUCUGUUCCUGACUUUCCCCCGAAUUGUCUUCAUGCUUGGAUUUCUGGUCUUCGUCUUCUUCCUCCUGGCGGGUUACGCCCUUUUCCAUUCCUAUCUGGCUCUCGUCAACCAGACCUCCAAUGAGUGGUACAAAAGUCGGGGUUACGUGUGUCAGCACUGCCAUCCAACUACAACAGCGGACAAUCUCUGUGGCUCAGCGCCAGACCACUCAAAAAGAUAUUACUACAGCAGAGGGCUACUUCGAAACCUGGGAGAGAUUUUCUUUCCUCUGCAACCUGUUCAGAAGAAAGACAACUAAAGAAAAAAUACAGCUGUCUGUGUUGUUAUGCUGCUUUUACUGUACAUCCCGUGGGAGCUACUUCUGACUGAAGAAAUAAAGCUUAGAGAUUUCUUUAUGGGCUCCGGUGUCUAUCCCCCACAAGGUGCUGCAUCUUAUUGGAAAGCUCUGGCAACACUGGCAGUAUACACAAAGGUAAUCCUUGCUGGAUCAAAUGGUUUUCUGUUAAUUAAAUGUCAUAACUGCAAGCUUAGGACAAGUUUUUUGCCUGCCAUCAACUAAGGCAUGAAAGCUUCUAAAGCUGGAACAUACCUCCUCCUUAUUGUAUUUUUUUUUUCAAUACACGAUAAAGGCAUUAUGAAUCAGCUUUUGAAUAUGUUGCACUGUAUGUAUUUUUAUCAGGUGUGGGUAUAUUUUGGGGGUAGGCUGGGAUUUGAGAUGAAUCAUUUCUAAUGUUGAAAUCUGCCAGGGGGUCGAUGAAGCCAGCAGGGGGAGCUGUACACUGACGUUCAUGACAGUUCAAUGGUGUUAACUACUUAAUUUGUGCCUGUUUGACAGCACAGAUGCAAAAAUGGAAGUUGCAUUCACAUGCUAUGGGAUAGGUACGGUUGCCCUGAGAUGCAAAAAACAACACUGAACAAAACACUAACAAAAUAAAAUGAUAUUUUGCAAAAAAAAAAGCAACGUUACAGAAAGCAAAUCGACAUGUUGAAUGUUUGGCUACUUUUUUUUUAAUGUGUUUUCUAUUUUUGUGUCUGGAUUUGUCAUACAUACUUCUGCUGUUUCUUUAGCAUCAAAUCAAACAUAUCUCCCACUAGGUUUUGAACAUUUCCCCUGAAGACUCAUGGGAACUGUAGUUUGAUCAGGUGCAGAGCCAGACUUUGUAAACAUUUGUGGCUAAGCCCAAAGCCAGAGGGGAGGUUUUUUUUUUCUUCCCAUUUAUGGCAGCUAUUUGUGCUAUUUUUUUUUUAACCAUUUAAGAUAAUAGAAUACUUUGAAAUCUGCACAUCAUUUGGGAAAAACAUAGUAUAUGCCAAGUAAAGAAACUUCCUGUAGAGUGGACAAUGUAUUUUGUAUUUUAUUGUUCUCCAACUGUCUUCAUCAUUCUGAAACCAUUACACAUUAAAUGUUGAGGAUGAAUACUUUUCACUCCCUCCAAAA